AUUUCGCAUCUUUUUCUCUUAUAAGAAUCCUCUAAUUUUGGUUGUUCAAGGCUAAUUAUUGCAAUGCUCAAAUUGAUAUGAAUUAUGUUUUUAUGGGGGGGUCAUCAAACUUGAAUGUGAUGGGUAGAUGAGGUCGGACGAUGAGCAGAUGAUAUUAUUUUGAUGAUAUUAUUUCACUGUAAAAAUAUAUCUAAUGUCUUUUUUCCCUUUCUUAUGAGAGUCACUUAUCCAGGAGUCCUGAAAUAAAUAUUGGCCGAUUAACAGAACUUCAUUGUCCUUUAUGCGAGUUACAAAACUAGUUACCAUGUCAACUGAUAUUGUAAAUGUCCACUUUUCAAUAUUUUAUGUGCAUUUUAAGCUAUAUUGUUUAAAAUAAAUGUAAUUUCAGCAAUUUUGCAUAUGCCUAUGUUUUAAUUGCUGAUAAAUUUGAUCUUAGAGAUUAAUUUAAUCAUGGAUCUUUCAUGGAUCUUAUGGGGUAGAUGCCAUAUUUAAAUUCUCACAAAUGAAAAUAAGACUGGGAGGGAAAAACGCAAAUAAACAGGGCAUCUACCCUAAGGUACAUUCUGGCCAAACAUAUAUCGUGUAAAGUGCCCUCAUUAGCCAUAUUAAACAAGGUUCUUAGGGCAUUUGCCAUUUCCACAGAUUAGAUUAAGAGAUGAAAAUGGCUUGAUAAAAAAAAAAAAGUAUGUGUCGAGUAAUGAAACAAUUAAACAAUUCAGACAGAAAAUAUUAGGCAUAUGCUCAAGCAGCCACAAUCAGUCCAUUCUUCACAUUCUGACAGAAUCCAUAUCCUUUCUUCGAUUAGUUCGGCUCUGUCGUCCUGCAGACCUGUUCCUAGAGAACUGAUUUGUCUCUUGAUCAAUAUUAACCAAGUCCUGUCGGCUAAUAAUUCCUGCUUCACCAUCGUUUAUUCAUAUGAGCACAACUGUCUCUUAACGCCCCCUCAUUCACCGCCUCUCCAGAACCGCCUCAAAGAAUUACGACCAAAAAGCAACAGGGAUACAUGUCUAAACUGCAAAGGAGGAGAAGCAGUAGGAUUCCUGCCAUGAAAUCUCUCUAAGAGGAGAAAAGCAGCGAAACCUAGAAAAUCUACGCCCACCCACGGGCAGGAGACAGGGGGAGAGAGAAAGAAAGAAAGAAAGAGAGAGAGAGAGUGAGCGGAGGGGUGCGUGAAAGAGGGGGGAAAGAAAGAGCGAGGGAUAACAGUCGAUGGAUGCUGCUUGGACGUUCUGGUCGGCACAAUAUUCAGUGACAAGGAUUGGAGAGCUGCAGGGAUGGAUGGGAAGGGAAGACACAUUCCUCCAGCCAUGGUGUGGUGUGAGCGGGGAAUUCAGGUGCUUCUCACCACUGUGGGAGCAUUCGCAGCCUUCGCCUUGAUGACCGUAGCCAUUGGCACGGACUACUGGCUGUACGCUCGGGCCUUUAUCUGCAACAGCACUGCCAACUCCUCUCAGGAUGACCCACACAACAAGGACAAGAAGGAUCCUGGAGCUCUCACCCACUCUGGCCUCUGGAGGGUUUGCUGCCUGGAAGGAUUGAAGAGAGGAGUGUGUUCCCAGAUUAAUCAUUUCCCAGAGGAUGCUGAUUAUGACCAGGAUGCUGCAGAGUACCUUUUACGUGUAGUCAGGGCCUCCAGUAUAUUUCCUAUCCUCAGUGCCAUAUUAUUGCUGCUAGGUGGAGUUUGUGUGGCAUCUAGUCGGUUUUACAAGACAAAAAGACACAUCAUUUUGGGAGCAGGCAUUUUGUUUGUAGUGGCAGGCCUGAGCAACAUUAUAGGUGUCAUUGUAUACAUCUCUGCGGCGCUCAGCGACAUCUCUCCCAAAAAGGAUGAGGACAAGAAGUGGCACUACUCCUAUGGCUGGUCCUUCUACUUCGGAGGCCUGUCGUUCAUCCUGGCGGAAGUCGUGGGCGUGCUGGCUGUCAACAUUUACAUCGAGCGCAACAAAGAACUGCGCUGCCGUUCGCGCACUGACCUCUUCCGCAGCACAACCUCCGCGGUGUUACGCUUGCCGGGAUACCGCUUCCGCCGGCGCUCUUCCCGCUCCAGCUCGCGCUCCACGGCGGAGCCGACGCGCUCCCGCGAACAGUCCCCCACCUCUGCCAUCGCUCCCAAGAACUUCGGCCCACCCCUGGCCGCCGGCCCGCCACCAUUUUCGGUAGCCACACUUCCCAAUCCGCAUACGCACUCUGGAGGAGGAGGAGGAGGAGGAAUGGGAGAUAUAUCGAUGUACACGCUGGGCAGGGAAGGUAAGCCACCCAUGUACGGCACAGUCGACCGUGCCACGCUCUACCAGCUGCACAAUUACUUUCCAACAAAGGAGGGAGGCGGAGGAGCGCUCAUGACGGGAACACUGCCUUCUCUUUCCAAGUCGAACCUGGCUGCGUCGGCCAACGCCACCCUCAAUACCUCAUCUUCCUCCGGCCCCCAGCAGCCGCCGCUGUCCGCCGGCUCCUCUGCCACCAUGGAGAGGGAUCGAGGGCUGGGAACCUUGGAUCGACUAGGAAAAGGAGACAGUUCAAACACUAACACUCUCAACAGGAGAACAACACCUGUGUAACGAAAAGCUCGAGGGGGAGGCAAGAGAGUGACGGGGAAAACAAGCGAUUACACGAACUGCAUGUAAAGUGGGAAUGGGGAGAAUGGGAGAGACAAAAAGAGCAAGAAAGGGCUGAGAAACAAAAUAAGGUCAGCUCACAAGACGACAAAGAAGUGAACAAGAAGGCAAUACAUCCUCUUUUUUCUCUCCAUUUACGUUUUUGAACAUGGUGACUUGAGUAACAGAGUUCCAUCCGCACUUCUUAUUGAUUCAUGUUGAAAUAAUCGAUGUGUGUGAUGGUGAUCUUUCGGUUCUUCGAGCUCUUUCAAUUCCAGUGCUUUAUCAUCAGGUUAUUCCUGUAACUUAUUUAGCAUUCCAAUAUAGUUGUUGUUUUUUUUUUUUAUUAUUAUGGUAAUUGUUAUUGCUGAGUUAACUUAUACAUUAUAUAUUUUUAUUUUUUUGCACAAGUAUCCAUUUUAAUUUAUUUCCUUUCGAAUGAUGAACUUAAACUGUGAUUUUUUUUCUUGCACAUGUUGACACAAUAUUUCACGAUGUCAUUCCGUGUCAAGCAUGUGUUAAUUCUGCGAGAGUGACAACUAUUACUAUUAUGAAUUUUUUUUUAGUUUUUACAAAGAUUGAUAAUAUUUAGAUCUGUGGAAUUUUUCAUUGUAACCGUAAGUGUACAAGUAGUUAAGUCUUCAUAUAAAUAUAUUUGAGUUAUUUAUCAUAUUAACAGUCUUAAUAUUGUUACGAUGGGAUAGCAAAUGUAAUAAACUGCUUUUGAGACUAGAAGUCAAAAA